AUGACCGACGGUGAACAAGAUGGCAACGAACUUGUUGCCCUGGAGAAGGCGUUGCUGGACCAAAGCGUGUAUACAGCAAAUCUACCUUUCUCGCUGCUCAAUGACAUCACAGGGAAUUUCUCCGAUGCGCGUGAAAUCGGCAGGGGCGGGUUCGGAGUGGUUUACAGGGGAGUGCUUCCAAGUGGUGCUACCAUUGCCGUGAAGAAGCUCCAUGAGACCUUCGAGAUCCUGGACAAGAAUUUCAAGAGUGAGGUCGACUGUCUUGUCAGGGUCAAGCACGAGAACACGGUGCGAUUCCUCGGGUACUGCUGUGAGACGCGGCAGCUGUUUAUCCCGCUUAACGGAGACCUUGUCUGGGCAAGCGUGCGGGAGAGGCUGCUCUGCUUCGAGUACCUGCCAGGGUGCCUUGCAGACUAUCUCUCCGAUGCAUCCCGUCGAUUGCAGUGGAUCACGAGCUAUCAAAUUAUCAAGGGGAUCUGUGAGGGCGUAAAUUAUCUACACCAGCAGCAAAUUAUUCACAUGGACCUUAAGCCUCAGAAUGUACUAUUGGAUGAUAAUAUGAUGCCCAAAAUUGCGGAUUUUGGUCUAUCACGGCGUUUAAGUGAAAGCCAGAGUCGGGAUAUUACUAAAAACAAGUUUGGGACGAUGGGAUAUAUGGCACCAGAAUUCAGAACUAAAGGAGAAAUCACCUUCAAGACAGAUGUAUAUAGUUUGGGUGUUAUAAUAAUGAAGAUCCUUAUGGUACAUAAGGAAUGCUCCAAUGUUGAGGAGGUAGUUGAAAGUUGGACGAACAAGUUUGGGGCCUCACUGGAACAAGUAAAGGCAUGUGCUGAGAUAGGGAUAAAAUGCAUGAACCAUGAUCCAGAGAUCAGGCCUGCUACACGGAUUAUCCGUGGAAUGCUGGGUGAAGCAGAAAUUUCAAACUGGUCUGUUGCAACUGAUGUGUCUACCUCCACGCAAGGGCAGAUAAGCAUGGCCUCCAAGCUAGCGGAUGGGAUGAAGUUGAUGGAUGAUUCUGUUGCACCAUCCCAACUGCAGCCAUCAGCAGUGUAUGUGGAGCCGGAGGAUGGCAAAGUGAACCGAGAGAGAAAGGGGAAGGCGGCAACCGUGAGUGUGAUGAGCACCCUGAGUGGCGAGCUUACCACGUUCAUGGGCGAUGAAUACAAUAAGCUCAAAGAGACGAGGAAGCAGGUGUCCUUUCUCGAGAAGGAUUUGAGCACUAUAAAGAAUGACCUUGAGCCGCUAGAGCUCAAGGAUGAGCUCCCUUCAGGGGUAAAAAAAUGGAGGGACGAUUUAAAGGAGAUUUCUUUUGACAUGGAGGAUUGCAUUGCUGACUUCAUGCAACAAUUUGGAGGUGAGGAUGUUGAGUUGGGCUUCACUGGUGGGGCUGCUGAAACCCACGCGAGGUUGUGUGAGCUUCAUCGGAUUGCCAACCAGAUUGAAGAGCUUAAGACCCUUGCGGUAGAAGCAUGUGCUCGACGUGAGAAGUACAAGAUUGAUGACUUCAAGCCUACCUAUGCAUCUGUGGCUCUCGACCCUCGGCUGCCAGCGGUCUACCAGGAGGUUACCAGCCUUGUGGGCAUUGACGGCCCAAGGGAGGAGGUUGCCAAUUGGUUGAUGGAUCCUGAGAGAAAACUUAAGGUUGUAUCUGUUGUAGGUUUUGGAGGUCUGGGUAAAACUACACUUGCCAAACAGGUGCUUGAAAAGAUAAGGGGGGAAUUUGAUGCUGUGGCGUUUUUUUCAGUUUCACAGAAACCUGAUAUCAGUGUGCUUCUCAAUCGCCUACAACUAAAACUUCAGAUGAAGGAGUCAUCUCACAGUCGCGGGCUUGAGGACAUCAUUGAAGAGCUAAGGACGUACCUUGCAAAGAAAAGGUACCUUAUUGUAGUUGAUGAUUUGUGGGAUCAAUCAGCAUGGAAAACUAUUAAAUGUGCUUUUCCAAAAAAUGGAAAUGGGAGUAGAAUAAUAGUAACGACUCGAGUGGAAGAUGUGGCUAGCAUGGCAUGUAACAAUGAACCUGAGUGCAUUUACACAAUGAAGCCCCUCAGUGAACAGAACUCAAGGAAGUUAUUCUCCAACAGAGUAUUUGGGUCCAAAGAUGAUUUUCCAAAGCAUCUUGAAGGCGUCGCGGCUGAGAUUCUGAAGAAGUGUCGUGGAUUGCCACUUGCAAUUAUCACUAUAGCUAGCCUAUUAGCUACUCAACGGGGAUUAAGGAAACACUGGGAGAGCAUAAGGAAUUCUUUGGGUGCCCAAUCUGCUACAAAUCCUUCAUUGGAAGAGAUGAAUAGUAUAUUAAAUCUUAGCUACACGCAUCUUCCUCUUCAUCUCCAAAGAUGUUUUUUAUACCUUGGUAUGUAUCCUGAGGACCACAUCAUAUGGCGAGAUGAUCUGAUUAAACAAUGGAUAGCUGAAGGCUUCGUCAGCUAUUUGCAUGGGCUAGAUUUGGUGGAUGUUGGCCGGAGUUAUUUCAAUGAGCUCGUCAAUAGAAGCAUGAUUCUUCCAUCAGAAACUAAGUAUGGAGAGGUGUUGUCCUGCACAGUACACGACUUGAUGCUUGAUUUGAUCCUAAGAAAGUGCCAGGAAGAUAAAUUUUUAAGUGUGGCAUACAAUUCUGAAGACAUGACAAGGCUGUUGCAUGGCCGCAAGUACAAGGUUCACCGACUAUCCCUGAGCACCAUGACUGUUGGUGGAGCACCAUAUGACAUGGCUAUUUCUGCUAGCUUAUCACAACUCCGUUCACUUAUACUGUUCAACAACCCCAUAUCUUCGUGGUCCAGGUGGUCCAACUAUCGCAAGAACCCCAUACCUCCUCAUUUGUGGUCCAAGUAUCUCAGGGUGCUCAUCAUUACUAAGGGGGAGGAGACAGUUGACCUCGCCGCCAUUAGCCAAUUGUUUCAGCUGAAGUAUCUGAUGGUUAGAGUUUACGGGACUAUUUUGGGGAAUGGGAAUCUAGAGUUUGGCCAUGGGAAGAUAGAGCUCCCUACCGAACUUGGUAAGCUUGUUAACUUGGAGACGCUGGACUUGGAAACAUGCAGACUGAUGAAGAGCAUCCCUUCAGAUAUAGUUCAUUUGCCCUUCCUGUCCUAUCUGGUGCUUCCAGAUACAGGUCUGCCUGAAGGUAUCAAGAAUGUGAAAUCAUUGCGCACUCUGCGAGGGUUUGACCUGAAAAAGAGCUCGCUGGACUCUAUUAUGGGUCUCAGCGGGCUGAUUAAUCUGAGGGAACUGAAAACAACAUUAUAUCAUACGGGGUUGCCGAAAGUUAAUGCUUUGGUAUGCUCCAUUGGAAAGCUCGACAACCUCGAAUGUCUGUGCAUCGAUGACCAGCAUCAUGAUUAUGAGAUUGACCAGCAGCAUCUGUACUCAUUAUCCAAACCUUUUAAAUGUAUGGAGCAACUUGACUUGUCAUGUUUGCAGUUCAGCAGAGUUCCGGUAUGGAUGGGUGAUCUCCAUUAUCUGCGCUUCCUUGAGCUGUUUGUUGAAGAAUCGUCAACUGAGGAGUUUCAUCUUCUUGGAGAGCUUCCCUCCCUCGCCCACCUCUUAUUCAGAGCGCAUCAAAUCCCUGAUGAAAGAGCUAUACUAGGCACAGGACUAUUCCCGGCUCUGGAGUACUUUUAUUUCCUUUCUAGGAAAGACACUGCUGCGUACCUGGAGUUCGAGGCAGGAGCUAUGCCCAACUUACGAAAACUCAUUCUCAGUGGGAUCAACAUGGGCGGCGCUGCACCGGUUGGCAUGGAGCACCUGCUACACCUCCAGGGGAUCAAACUGUAUGGUGCCUCCGAUGAUCUCAUGUCCGCGUUCAAGGAGGCCUCGCUGGUGCACCCAAACCACCCUUCCGUUAAGUAG